AUGCCGCGCCUGCCGCUCCUGGGGCGCCUGCCGCCGGGCUGCGGCUCCGAACCCCAUGGCGUCUUCCGCACCAUCUACACGUCUGUGUCUGAGCCUGGCCCGGCGCUGCCCGAUUUCACUGCAGUGGUGUACAUGAAUGACUUGCCCGCAGCUCACUAUGACAGCGACACUAGGAAGGUCGGACUUCACGUCCCCUGGACGAGGAAGAUGCUGGAAGAGCAUCCCGAACACCGGAAGAGGUACACCCAGCAGGAUGAGGUCGAGUUGAUAGGUGGGAUGAAGACUCUGCAGACGAUCUUCAACCAGAGUGCAGAGCCCCCCAAGAUGAAGCUGACAAGAAAGGCCGGCCAGGAUGACACGGAGACCCUCCCCUGCUGGGCCCACGGCUUCUACCCCCGAGAGAUCGACAUGGCGUGGACCAGGGACGGGGAGGUCUGGCUGCCGGACACCUUCCGGGGGGUCCUGGCCCCGAACUCUGACGGGACGUACCACGCCUGGGUGGGCAUCAGGAUCGACCCUGCGGAAAGGGGGCGCUUCCGGUGCCGCGUGGGGCACGACGCCUUGCCGGAGCCCCUGAACUUGGCCUGGGAGGAGCCUGGAGGUACCUGCCGGAAAGGCUACAGAGGAGCAUCGCAAAAGUGCCAUUGGAAUCCGGUGCUUGGAGACACUUUACGGUCUGUUGUUCCAUGGACAGAUUUCAAUAGAAGAGGAGUCCUUGGCUCAGCAACACUGCAGGAACUGAAGUGCCCAUUUGAUUUCAUCAGCCUGGCACCCGUUUCUGUCCCCCUUCCACCCUCCUCAAUCUUGGAAGAGCCUCUGCGUCACAUCCAAGAAUCCCAGCUGCCGCUGGGCGGGGAAGCUCCCUUCGCAGUGUGAGCUGCACCCAAGCCACCCACAUCCCUGCCUUCUCCCUGACAUCGGACACAAGGCAGUGGCGGUUAAGAAGCUCAGCCUCGCUCCCUGGAGGACCCCGGAGGCUCUGCGGGCUGAGAUGGGGUGCCAGGUGGGAUCCUUUCUGCACGUCUCCGAGACGGACAGGCCUUCCCGCAGAAGUCGGUGCUUCCGCAUCCUGCCUCGUACAGACGUCUUCAAUCAGACCAAGCGGUUUUGUGAUUGAGCUAUUUGUGAGAUUCCUUCGGAUUGCGGGAAGCUUUGGUGGCCUCAAGAUUUACCUGUGAUAAAUGAAGGCUUAGAUCAGGGGUCUCACUGUGGAGCCUGCAGACACUGCUGCACCCACAAGACCAGGCUGGGGCACCCCCCAAGUUUUUUGCUGCUGUGGAAGCGAAUGGAGUGAUUAUAGUGUUCGCUUUGAUUAGUACAAGGUAGAUUAUAGUGGGGUGGGGGGUGUUUUCAAGGCAUUUGAAUCAUGGAAAUGAAUUUAUUUAUUUAAAGGAUUUCUAUCUUUAUCCAAAUUGGAUAUGAAUAUGGAUGGAGACAUUCCUUCCAGUUGUCCCAUUCAUGGAGUGGAAUUGCAGAUAAUAAGAAAGAAGAGUUAGAGAAGCCAGAGAGAGAGAGAAUAGUCAGAUGAAAAAAUAAAGCGG